GUAAACCCUACCACGCACGCUCAUUUUUAUGAUCCCCGCAUCCUCUCCAAUACCCAUCUCUUCGCUUUUGCCGCCGCAAGUGGUUGGUUUCGUUUAGGGUUUCCGAUUCGACCGAAGGGCUUCAGAAGCUGCAACUACAAUGGUGGCCGGAAAGAAAACGAAGAAGACUCAUGAGAGCAUCAACAACAGGCUCGCUCUCGUGAUGAAGAGCGGGAAAUUCACCUUGGGGUACAAAACGGUGCUCAAGACCCUCCGAAACUCCAAAGGGAAGCUGAUAAUAAUAUCGAACAAUUGCCCGCCUCUGCGGAAAUCAGAGAUCGAGUACUACGCAAUGCUUUCCAAGGUCGGGGUUCACCAUUACAACGGAACAAGAAACAUGGUGCUGUGGUGUGCCUUGCUGCAAUUUGCCUGUCCGUUGGGCAAUUUGGGGGAGAAUAGAAGAAAUGAUUGUGUUACUAUUUAAUAAAGUAGUUCGACUUUGUUAGAUUUUCUAAUACAUGUAAUGGGGCAUUGCGGUUGGGAGACAAAAAUACCAUCUUUUGUUUUAUGGAUGUUAGUUGCAUUUUACUAUUUACUGAGGUAGUUCGAAUCAACUUUGUUAGACUGUUUAAUUGAUGUAACCGGGAAUCGCGGUCGGGACACGAAAAGACUAUCAUAGAGUUGCAACUUGCGCAUUUGCUUGUUAAAACUAGUUGCGGAACGAGCUUUCAGCUAAAAAACAUGGCGCUGUGGUGUGCCUUGCUGCAAUUUGACUGUCUGCUUGGCGAUUUAGGAGAGAAAAGUGAAGAAAGGAUUGUAUUUUCUCUGUUAAUCUGUUUACAUCAAGAAAGAAAAGAAAAGAUUGCCUUUUCUGUCUUUGUUGUUUGGAUGAGCCGGAAAGAAACUCGAGUGUUCUGUGAAGUGGAUUUUGAGCGGAAGUCAAAUCUCCUCUCCAUUUCUUUCAAUCUCUUUUCAUUUCUCUCAUCCUUAAUUAACCGAACAAGGGGUAGGGGUAAAGAGAAUGCCAUUUAUUUUCUCUCCAAUUUCCCAACCCAAAUGAUAUUGAAUAUACCUCUAUUCCGCAGCUUGUUGAUGAGCAAGGGUUUCCUGUUUGUUUUGUGUCCAUUAUGGCAUCCCAAUGUGAGUAGGAGCGCUGCAUCCUUAUUUAAUCGUCUUGGAGACGAGAGAGAGAGAGAGAGAGAGAGA